UUUGGAGAUUUUAACUUAGAUCUCCAGCAAGUGCUACAAGGAAGAAAAGAUCCUGAAGAAUCAAUCAAGUUUUCCGUGAAGUCAAGUCCAAGUAACACCACUGCCUUAACCACAAGCAGGAGAAAUGAAGCACAUUAUCAACUCGUAUGAAAACAUCAGUGACACAGCAAGAAAUAAUUCCGACUGUCCUCGUGUGGUUUUGCCAGAAGAGAUAUUUUUCACAAUUUCCAUUGUUGGAGUUUUGGAGAAUCUGAUCGUCCUGCUGGCUGUGUUCAAGAAUAAGAAUCUCCAGGCACCCAUGUACUUUUUCAUCUGUAGCUUGGCCAUAUCUGAUAUGCUGGGCAGCCUAUAUAAGAUCUUGGAAAAUAUCCUGAUCAUAUUGAGAAACAUGGGCUAUCUCAAGCCGCGUGGCAGUUUUGAAACCACAGCUGAUGACAUCAUCGACUCCCUGUUUGUCCUCUCCCUGCUUGGGUCCAUCUUCAGCCUGUCUGUGAUUGCCGCCGACCGCUACAUCACCAUCUUCCACGCACUGCGGUACCACAGCAUCGUGACCAUGCACCGCACUGUGGUGGUGCUUGCGGUCAUCUGGACGUUCUGCACGGCGAGUGGCAUCGCCAUGGUGAUCUUCUCCCAUCACGUGCCCACAGUGAUCACCUUCACGUCACUGUUCCCGCUGAUGCUGGUCUUCAUCCUGUGCCUCUAUGUGCACAUGUUCCUGCUGGCUCGAUCCCACACCAGGAAGAUCUCCACCCUCCCCAGAACCAACAUGAAAGGGGCCAUCACACUGACCAUCCUGCUUGGGGUCUUCAUCUUCUGCUGGGCCCCCUUUGUCCUUCAUGUCCUCUUAAUGACAUUCUGCCCAAGUAACCCCUACUGCGCCUGCUACAUGUCUCUCUUCCAGGUGAACGGCAUGUUGAUCAUGUGCAAUGCUGUCAUUGACCCCUUCAUAUAUGCCUUCCGGAGCCCAGAGCUCAGGGACGCAUUCAAAAAGAUGGUCUUCUGCAGCAGUACUGCUAGAAUGACUGAUCUCUGAUUUUAGAAUCCAUAGGAAUAACAUUGCCAAGUGACAGAAUAAUGUAACAUUCCAACAAAUGCCAGUGCUCCUGACUGGCCUUCCUUCCCUAAUGGAUGCAAGGAUGAUCCCACCAGCUAGUGCUUCUAAUAGCUAGGUUCUAUGUGAACAGUCUUACUGUAGGGGCAACUUUUUAACUUUGUAACUGGAGAGAUAAAACAAUGUAGUAAAAGAAGGAUAUGGCCGGGCGCGGUGGCUCA